UGUUCUGUUUACGUUGGUUUCCACUUCAGGGUUGGAUGGAUUCAAUGAAGGCGCUGUGGCUUCAUAGUCAGCGGCUCUAUGACUGAGGGGAGAGGGGGAGUAGGGCUGAGAGAGCCUCCACUUUCAUGAUAAACCCCUCUUGAAGCAGAGUGAGUUUGAUCAAGUAUGAUCAUGAGCUCUUUUUGAAGCAGAGCUCAACUGGCGAGCCUUUCUGUAUCUGUGCGUGUGGGAGACAUUCAUUUGAUUGGUUCUUGGUCUUGUAACUCCACAAACACGAAAAGCAAAAGAGAAGAAGAAAAAAAGAAAAAAAACUUGACACAUCAGGCAAUUAGGUUCCGCUAAUGCAAGAUUAGGAUGAUGAUGGUUCACAUUCAGUAAAGGGAGAUCCCACUUUCUUAAUGUUUCCUAUAACAAAAUAGAUGUUUGUUGCCGCUGAAAUUAUUACAUCUAGAUUGCUAGGGGCAUAAUCCUUCCGGUGAGAUACAAAAUAUCGUUUCGAUUUGACUGCUGCUUUUAGAGGUUAGAUUUAGAUUGAACCUCACAAACAAUGUGGUUGACAAAAGUCUGCAAUUUUAGGCUGCUUUAACCCUUAGGUCCAUGUGAGGCUUUCUUUUAUGAGAAUCUACUUUUUUAAAAAAUAAUUCUAAAUAUUUUAAUUUGUGCUUUUCCCUUGCUGUCUUUUUUCCUUGUUUUUUCUUGAUGCCUAACAAUGAAGCUACAACUGAUUAAAGUAUUUUUGAUCUGCGGUGCUUCACGCUCCUAGGUUCUGUGAAUUGUGGCAAACUGGAGAGGAGAGUUAGAAUUUGAAGUGAAGUUGAUGAUAACAUAUUAACUUCUGGGCUGUCAGUGUAUUUGAGGAAAUGUCCUUCCGCAGUAUAGUUCGUGAUGUAAGGGAUGGUUUUGGAAGCUUAUCUAGGCGGGGUUUUGAGGUAAGGCUUCCUGGCCAUCACAGGGGCAAGUCACAUAGUUCAGUCUAUGAGGUGCCAGAACAACCUCCAGUGAUACAGAACAGCCGCUGGGCUAGCCUUCCGCCUGAGCUCCUUCAUGAUGUUAUCAAAAGAUUGGAAGAAAGUGAGAGCACAUGGCCUGCCCGUAAGCAUGUGGUCGCAUGUGCUGCUGUGUGCAAGUCCUGGAGAGAAAUGUGCAAAGAAAUUGUAAGCAAUCCAGAGUUCUGUGGGAAAAUUACUUUUCCUGUUUCCUUGAAGCAGCCUGGGCCUCGGGAUGGAAUGAUCCAGUGUUCCAUCAAGAGAGACAAAUCUAACCUGACAUACCACCUCUUUCUUUGUCUAAGUCCUGCCUUGCUUGUUGAGAAUGGAAAGUUUCUGCUCUCUGCUAAACGGACUAGACGAACAACUUGCAGGGAGUACAUUAUAUCCAUGAAUGCUGAUAGCAUGUCAAGAUCUAGUAGCACUUAUAUUGGGAAGCUGAGGUCAAAUUUUCUGGGCACCAAAUUCCUAAUAUAUGAUACACAGCCUCCCUAUAAUUUUGCUCAGCUGCCUCCUCCUUCGCCUAGCCAAAGCCGUCGAUUCUAUUCUAGAAAGGUUUCUCCAAAAGUCCCCAGCGGCAGCUACAAUAUUGCUCAGGUCAUCUAUGAGCUGAAUGUGCUUGGUACAAGAGGCCCACGCAAGAUGAACUGCACCAUGUGCUCGAUCCCAGAAUCAGCCCUCGAGCCUGCUGGCACUGUCCCAGGCCAGCCAGAACUCCUUCCUUGUGCCAUGGAUGACUCGUUCCGGAGUACAUCCUUUUCAAAAUCGAUCCGCAGUUCAUCCAAUUUUAGCAGCUCUAGGUUCUCAGACAUCAUGUGGACCGGCAACGAAGGAGAGAGUGGCGAGGUAAAAGAGAGGCCACUAAUUCUCAAGAACAAGGCUCCAAGAUGGCAUGAGCAGCUGCAAUGUUGGUGCCUUAACUUCCGGGGCAGAGUGACUGUGGCCUCCGUCAAGAAUUUCCAGCUGAUUGCCGCUGUGCAUCCCGCAGCCGGUGCUCCAAUGCCGGCACAGCGUGGCCCGGCAGAUCACGACAAGGUUAUUCUUCAGUUUGGCAAGGUAGGCAAGGAUUUGUUCACCAUGGACUAUCGAUAUCCCCUGUCGGCAUUCCAGGCUUUUGCCAUAUGCUUGACUAGCUUUGACACUAAACUAGCAUGUGAAUAGUCACAAAUGUGAUGGGAAAAUUAAAAUUCAAUCUCCAUUGGAUGCUCAGGUCGCAUCCAUUCAUUGUAUACUUUAGUAGUUUCAAAUGUAAAUAAAAAAUUUAACGAACAA